AUGACGGCCCUCGACGCCUCCAAACCACCCCACCUCCACCGCUUCCCCAACGGCAACACCCAGCUCAUCCUCCACGGCAAGCCCUUCCUCAUGCUCGCCGGCGAGCUGCACAACUCCUCCCUCUCCUCCGCCCGCUUCAUGUCCUCCGUCUGGGGCCCCAUGAAGCACAACCACAUCAACACCCUCCUCGGCGCCGUCACCUGGGAAGACAUCGAGCCCACAGAGGGCGCCUUCUCCUUCGCCGAGCUCGACGCCGUCCUCGCCGGCGCCCGCGAACACAACAUGCACCUCGUCCUCCUCUGGUUCGGCACCUACAAGAACGGCAUCUCCACCUACGCCCCCGGCUGGGUCAAGCGCGACACAAAGCGCUUCCCCCGCGUCCAGGUCCUCGAGGCCGGCGGCCGCAAGCGCACCGUCGAGAUGGUCUCCCCGCUCAGCACCGCCGCCUGUGAGGCCGACUCGCGCGCCUUCGCCGCCCUCAUGCGCCACCUGAAGGAGGUCGACGGCGAACACAACACCGUGCUCAUGGUCCAGGUCGAGAACGAGACAGGCCUCCUCGGUGACUCCCGCGACCGCUCCCGCCGAGCCAACGAAGCCUUCACCCAACCCGUCCCCGAACCCCUCCUGCAGCACUUCCACUCCCACGCAGACACCCUCCACCCCAAGUUCAAAGCCCGCUUCGCCACCCCGCCGCCCUCCGGCACACACUCCUGGACCUCCAUCUUCGGCCCCGGCACCGCCGCCGACGAGGCCUUCAUGGCCUACCACAUCUCCUCCUACGUCGGCCGCGUCGCCGCCGCCGGCAAGCGCGAGUACGACAUACCGCUGUACACAAACACCUGGCUCAACUUCGACGACGCCUCCGACCUCGACCUGCGCGGCGUCCCCAUCGUCGUCGGCGGCGGCGCCGACCCGGGCGUCUACCCCUCCGGCGGGCCCUGCCCGCACGUCCUCGACAUCUGGCGCUUCAACACCAUCUUCACCGCCCAAAAGGCCCUCGACUUCCUCGCGCCGGACCUCUACUUCCACAACUACGAGACCGUCUGCAGGGACUACACCGCCCAUGCAGGCAACCCGCUCUUCAUCCCCGAGCAGCGCCGCGACGAGAACGGCGCCCGGAGAGUGUGGCUUUCCUACGGCACCUACGGCGCCCUCGGCGCCUCGCCCUUCGGCAUCGACACCGGCGCUGAGACGGUGGGACGGGAGUACAAGCUUCUCUCCCAAAUCACGCCGUACCUCCUCGCCGCCGCGCCGGAAGACCGCAUGGGAUUCUUCUUCGACGAGGAGGCGGACCCCGCCGGCAAGGGCGAGCGGUGGAGCAAGGUCUUUGGCGACAUCGAAGUCAUCAUCGAGCGCGCGUUCGUGUUUGGGAAGGCUGGUCCUGGCGGCGGUAUGAUCAUCCACCUCGGCGACGCCAAGUUUCUGGCCGUGGGCCGCGGGUUCAAUGUGAGCUUCAAGAGCGUGCGCAAGGAGGCGACCUUCACGGGAAUCCUGGCGGCCGCGGAGAAGGAGGUCGCGGAGGACGGAACGCUGCGCACGCUGAGGGUGUUCAACGGCGACGAGACGCGCAGCGGAGAGUUCCUGAUCAUGCCGAACGAUGAUCCGGACUAUGGCGGCUUCCCGAUUGCGGUUACGAUCCCUGCGAAGACGUGUAUUGCUGAAGUGGAGGCGUAUUGGGUUGCGGAGGACGAGGAGGAUCGAUGA